AUGACCAAGGACACUUUGCAUGUCGGGUUGUAAGAGAGUUGAAUGAUCUGAAUGAUUGCUUCAGAUCACCACAAUAAAGACCAUUAACGUUAGACAGAUGAAGAACACCCUUGCCAAAUGACCAAUGAUCACAGCCUGGUAUUUAUUGACCAAUCGGCUUUAAGUUUUAUGUCUUCCCCGAGGGGCUGUAUGCAUGUGUGCGUUAGUGUCAGCGCACAUGCUGUCAGUGUGUAUCUCUGCUCAGCAAUGUUCUGGUGCUGAAGCUCUACUCUACUGAAACAAACAGGUUAGGCUGCAUGGUGCAGAAUGUAACAUAAAGCUGGAUGCCAAGUUCUAAAUCCACAAACAUUCAAGGACUUAGGACUUGAUUUUAGUCAGUCCACUCUACUACUGUCUCUCCAGUUUAGUCCUCUCUCCACAAUAUUGUAGGCUGACUACUGUAGUCCUCUCAGUAGUGUCUAACAGUCAUUUUCUGUACAAUAAUCUUCAUUACAGUAGGCUAGUCCUCUCUAAUGCAGUCUAAUGCUGUUGUUUCCAGUUGUACUUUAUACAUGCUGUAGCCUACACCCUUUUUGCAUAGUGUGUGUGUGUGUGCGUGCACGCGCAAGGAUCAUACAGAGCCUAUAAUGUAGAAGAGGUGGGAGCAUGAGUACCGUUCGAAACUGUCUUGCGUUAUUUUCUCUCACUCUUUCACUCACUCUAUCACUCGCUCAUUUACGCGUACACAUAGGUUCACUCUCACGCCCAUCCAUAAACGUUGCCUCUGGUCGCAGUUUUCAGGCGUUCUGUUGCCGAGAGACGAUUAGCUUUACAGUACGAUACGUUAACUGCACGAAGGCUCCCCGCCAUUUCUCACGUUUAGAAACCGGGGAUGUCGAGCAGUAACUCGAGUUCUUCGAGGAAGGAGUUUGAUGUGAAGCAGAUCCUCAGGAUCAGAUGGCGGUGGUUUGGUCACCCCACGGUCCCUCCGCCUCAUACCCCACCGUUGGGAGACUUCUUAAAAAGGAAAGGUACGGACGACAGCACCGGAGAGAACCCAUCAGUCAGUGGCUGUAACGCAGAUGCCAGCACGUCAAACGUCAGCACUGGGAGAAACGGUCUUACGACCAGUAGUAGCAAUUGUGCGAAUUUAUGUAACGCCAACAACGGAAAGUUGAUGGAAUCUGUUGGGAGUAGCAACAUUCCCGGAGCUGCUUCACCUGCAACCGAGAGUUCGGUUUGUCCUCGUUCUAUCAGUGCACCGGAGGGUAGGAGCUCGGCGGCGCUGUCGUGGGUCUCCUCGCCGUCAUUAUCACACUCUCGCCCACUACAAAAUACGGAGCCCCCCGGCGAGACUCAAGUGCGACAGCCGCUAUUGCUGGUUUCUGUUCCGGUAACUGAAGAGGAGACAACGGCAUCCAGACCUGAGAAUAGGAAGCACGCGGAAACCGACUCCAGCUCGUGCAGGACGUCCAACAGCAGUGCAACGCUGUCCUCAUGCGUGUCUAUGGAGCUGUGUGUGUGUCCAGAGGAGUGUGUGUUCUCUGCCGCCUCGCAUGCCAACUCGACCUUCUCCAAGAUGGAGACCUACCUCCACACGCAACAGCUGUGUGACGUCACCCUCGUGGCCAGGGACAGGAGGAUACCUGCACACAGACUGGUGCUCUCCUCUGUGUCAGAUUACUUUGCUGCCAUGUUCACCAGUGAUGUCCGUGAGGCCAAACAGGAGGAGGUGAAGAUGGAAGGGGUGGAUCCUGAUGCCCUCUGGGCCCUGGUGCAGUAUGCCUACACAGGUCGUGUCGAGCUAAGGGAGGACACCAUUGAGUCUCUGCUGUCGGCCUCAUGUCUACUCCAGCUGUCCUCUGUGGUCCAGGCCUGCUGUUCCUUCCUCACCAAGCAGCUGCACCCCUCCAACUGCCUGGGCAUCUGCUCCUAUGCCGACGCCCAGGGCUGCUCCCAGCUGCAGCACGCUGCAUAUGUCUACACCAUGGAACACUUUGUGGAGGUGGUGGCGGGACAGGAGUUCCUCCUCCUUCCCCUAGAAGAAAUGGAGAGACUCCUUUCCUCCGACGACAUGAACGUGCCCGACGAGGAAACCGUGGUGACGGCACUGUUGGGCUGGGUCCGCCAUGACUGCCCCUCCAGACAACAGUAUCUGCCUUCCCUCCUGGCUCAUAUUCGCCUGCCCUUAUUGAAACCUCAGUUCCUGGCUGACCUGGAGUCUGUGUCCCUGCUGAGGGACAGUGUGGAGUGCCAGCGACUGCUGAUGGAGGGGAUGAAGUACCACUUGCUGCCCCAACGACGGCCACUGCUGCAGAGCCCCCGCACACGACCCCGCAAGGCCACCGUUGGCGUGCUGUUCGCCGUGGGGGGCAUGGACGCUACCAAAGGUGCCACCAGUAUAGAACAGUACUGUCUACGUAGAGACACGUGGAGACAGGUGGCAACCAUGUGUGGGCGGAGACUCCAGUUUGGUGUGGCGGUCCUUGACAACCGUCUCUAUGUGGUGGGGGGGCGUGACGGCCUGAAGACUCUGAACACUGUGGAGUGUUACAACCCCCUCAGCAAGAGCUGGAGCAUCAUGCCCCCCAUGUCCACACACAGACACGGCCUGGGUGUUGCAGUCCUGGAGGGUCCUAUGUAUGCAGUAGGAGGUCACGAUGGCUGGAGCUACCUCAGUACUGUAGAAAGGUGGGACCCCCAAGCUCGUCAGUGGAGUUUCAUUGCCAGCAUGGCCACGCCCAGAAGCACAGUGGGGGUCGCAGUCCUCAAUGGAAAGUUGUAUGCUGUGGGUGGUCGUGACGGCAGCUCCUGCCUCAGGUCUGUGGAGUGCUUUGACCCUCACACCAACAGGUGGAGCUGCUGUGCACCCAUGGCCAACCGGCGUGGGGGGGUGGGCGUGGCCACCUGGAACGGCUUUUUGUAUGCCAUCGGAGGGCACGAUGCUCCCGCCUCCUCCCUUGCCUCACGGCUCAGUGAUUGUGUGGAAAGGUACGACCCUCAGACAGAUGCUUGGACGGCGGUCGCCCCCAUGAGCAUCAGUAGGGAUGCAGUGGGUGUGUGUCUCCUUGGUGACCGUCUCUAUGCUGUUGGUGGUUACGAUGGCCAGGUGUAUCUCAAUGCUGUGGAGGCCUACGACCCUCAGACCAACGAGUGGACGCAGGUGGCACCAUUGUGUCUGGGCAGGGCUGGAGCUUGUGUUGUGGCAGUCAAACUGUGAACACGCGCCUGUGUGAACACACGCCUGAACGCCCUGUUGACCUCAUCCUACUUCUGCCAUCCCCGUCCUUCCUCCAGUGGGUGGACAAUCAUCCCAUACAUUCCUGUAGACCAGGAGAGAGGGCGAGACCAGGAGAGAGGGCGAGACUAGGAGAGAGGGCGAGACCAGGAGAGAGGGCGAGACCAGGAGAGAGGGAGAGACCAGGAGAGAGGGAGAGACCAGGAGAGAGGGAGAGACCAGGAGAGAGGGAGAGACCAGGAUGCCAGAUAGUUGAAGAGCUCUCUCUCUGUCAUUCUCUUUCAAGCUCAGUAUUUUUCUGACCACACACACACACACACACACACAGGUACUUGUUUUGGCACCUCUGUGUGCUGACAGAUGAGUGGAUUAAAGAUGAAUAUGAAAGAGUGUAGGGGAGGAUGUAGAAAGUAUGAUGUACAUCAAAUGCUAUCAUUCUCUUACAUGUUUUCUUUCUUUCUCUCUGUCUCCCUCACAGCAAAGAGGGAGUGUAGCAUUUGACAUGUUUUAUCACAAACCAGAAGACAGUUGUUGUGUUGUAAAGGUUUUGCUAUUUAUCCUGUUUUCUCUGGGGUCUGUAUGUGUGUCUGUCUGUUUUAAAGGGUGGGAUCUUUUUUAUUUGAUCUGCCUCUGUUACUCCUCUGUUGCCACACUCACAAAUAGAACUGCAGUCCCACAAACACACCCAAACGCAUAAACACAUCCACCCACACACCAAAUACAAACACAAAUACAUACUGUACAUAUGCACAAACACGUCUGCACAGUCAGCCCCCCACACGUACACAAACAUCCGCAUAUACACACAUCCACACAGACACACUCACAGAUACACUAAAACAACAGUGCACAGUCUCGGGAGCCCCCAGAAUGCCUUCUGGACUAAAGCACAAGCAGGCAUGCUGCUGUAUUGUGUCUGUAUUUGAAUCUUAAUGUUUCAGGAUGGCAUUCCAGAAUCCUGGUUUCCUCGUGGUAGGACCAGGCUUCCCUUUAUUUAUAUGGCACAUCUCUCAAAGCUUGUACCUAAUCCUGUUUAAGGGGAGAAGGGGAGGGGCCUAGCUGGGGGUGUAGAAAGAGCGAGUGGAAUACAAAACAGUGACAUUCUCAUUUAAAGUACAGCAUAUUCUUUUAGCAAUGAUAAUGUGUAAGAUUAUGUAAACAUCUGGAGAUGUCUGUUCUUAUAUAGUAAACUACUGUCUUUUUCUUCAGUAUCGCUAGUUCUGUGUGUGUACGCGUGUGUACUUUCUUACUGUGAGUGGUGUUUCCACCUCAUCUCUCUACUAACAUGAUGUCUUCUAUAUUUUACAACUCUGAUGUGUAUACUUGUUUUUUUACAUUAAAAUGAAAAUGGUAAAACAA